GCCUUACGUUAGUUUGUCAGUAGUUCUCCAGGCAACAGACUGGAACAGCAUUUACAAGCAUGACGUCAACAGAGAGUGGAUACGCCACUGUAUGUGUGGCGGAGGGUGCUUUACGCGGCCGCGUAAGCGCUACAGUGACUGGCUGCAAGUACUACAGCUUUCAGGGCGUGCCGUAUGCUCGGCCGCCAGUGGGACAGCUGCGGUUCAAGCCGCCGCAGCCCCCUGAGCCAUGGACAGGCACCAGAGACGCUACCAAGGAGGGCAACGUGGCACCGCAGCUGAACUCUUUCACAGGGCAGUACGUGGGCGACGAGGACUGCCUCUUCCUUAACGUCUACACAACAAAGCUUCCAGAAAAUGUGGACAGCGAACGUAUGCCGGUGAUGGUGUGGAUUCACGGCGGCAGCUUCACUUCCGGCUCCGGCAACGCAGACCGUUUCGGGGCUGACCACCUGCUGCCGCACGGCGUGGUGGUCGUCACCGUCAAUUACCGGCUGGGCGUCCUGGGCUUCCUCAGCACGCAGGACUCCGUGCUGCCCGGCAACCUCGGCCUCAAGGACCAGGUGGCGGCGCUGCGCUGGGUGCGCUGCAACAUCGCCGCGUUCGCCGGAGAUCCCGACAACGUCACCAUCUUUGGCGAAAGCGCUGGCGGUGCCUGUUGCCAUUUGCACCUCUUCUCUCCAAUGACAAAAGGGCUGUUUCACCGGGCCAUCCUCCAGAGCGGAGCCUUCACGCCGCUAAGCCUGGUCAUCCCUUCCAGGGAAAGGAGCUUCCGGCUGGCCAGGCAUCUGGAACUGCCGGCUAACAGCUCGCAGCAGCUCCUCGAUUCGUUGAUGAAGGUGCCCGCCAGGACGCUGGUGGAAAACAUUCUCGAGGCUCGCUCACACGAGGAAAAACUGCGGCUAGACAUGAGCCCAUUCCGUCCUGUUCUGGAACCUACCGACGCAGAGGGCGGGGCCUUCAUCAGCGAAGAGUUCGAAGAUGUGUUGGCUAAGGGCCAACGCAGCUUGGUACCGGUCAUCAUGGGAGUAAAUUCGAUGGAGGGCUUGUAUCAAAUAGCCGACCUUCGUCGCAGUAAAGAGGCCUUGGAUGCUUUUAACGAGGACUUAGAAAUCGUACUCCCUACUAACGCUAAAAUCAGUCCGCAAGAUCGAACAAACGUGGCAAAGAGCAUGAGAAGCUUUUAUUUUGGUGAUAAGAAGUUGAGCGAAGAGACAAUGCAGCAAUUCGCUGAGAUGAAGGGUGACCUCUGGUUCGUGUACCCUACACUCAGAGCAGCGAAGAAACUGUCCACAACUCCAGGCGCAAAGCCCGUUUACCUGUACGUGUUCGACGUUGAUGGACGACUGAACGUGUACAAGACCCUAUUGCGCUUGCAGCAGUAUAAAGGUGCUUGUCACGGAGACGAACUGAUGUACUUGUUCAGAUCAUCGAAGCGGCCCAUAGAUGUUGAAGCUGGAUCCGUGGAAGCGAAGACAAUUAACAGAAUGACGCGACUCUGGACAAAUUUUGCUAAAACUGGGAACCCAACACCGACCUCCACAGACGAAGAGCUGGCCGCCACAUGGCCAGCGUUUACCGAGGGCGUUCCCAACUACUUGCACAUCGCCAACAGUGGCCUCACCGUCAAGCAGAGUCCGUUCAAGAGCAGAAUGGAUUUUUUGGAGAGUAUCUACAAAUAAAUUUCCACUCUGUACUUGACCACUACGUACUGGCAACAUUAAUACGAAAUUUCUACUGAUAGCUAUAACUGAAAUCAUCCCAAGCUCACGUUGUAAUUGAGGAGUUGCAUACAAUAACAGCAGACGUAGAUUUACGUUUUCUGAAGAAGCAAAAAUGUCAACUCAUUAUCUGAAAAAAGCUCAUCAAUAAAUAGUAAAAUAAGGUAAAAUAUUAUCCUCAUUUCUAUCUGAUUACGAUAUAAACAAUUUCAAAAAAAGUCUUCAAGGUAUUCUGCAGUUGUAGGUAUGCAUCAAAACAGAAUUACCUAGCAUACGCUUUUGUUGCAAUGAAUGUAGGCGAGGUCUGUUUUUACUUCUGGUUUAUUAUGAAAAGUCAGUUAGGUUGCGGUAUAUUGCAGCUUAAAGGUUACGAUUAUAUUUACAAAUAAUUACUCUUCAAAUUUUCAAGUUUUACCAAUUUGAUACUUAUAUUUAUCCGCAUAUUCAUCAUCAGGAAUUUCAACCUUACUGGACGGAACUAGUACUUUCUAACACCACUCCUCAUUUUCAGAUUUCAAAUAUAUAAUGAUGUGCAGUACUUCAUCUCUUUUUUGUGCUGUUACUCCUGGUUUUCCUACAUCACCCAAUGUGAUAUCUGUGUAUUUGAUACACUGAAACCUUACAUUGAAGAAUAAAAGUGGAUGGUAUAUGGAAAAAUAGGACUCUGAAUCCAGUAUCCUUAUAAAAAAUAUUUGCAGAUUUCUGAAUACAAAACUUGUAUCCGUUAGCAGGCAGGCAAUCUUAAAAACUUUGGACUGACCGCUGACGCUCAGUCUUUGAUUAAGGACGCAGGCAUAGAUGUAUGCAAUGAUUGUGGUUGUUUUCUGCUUUCUUUCAUAAUGUUCUCGUACCACUUCACUAUUUGUAUAUUCUCUACUUGUUUUAAUAGCUUCCCAUAUUUAUCAAAAUUUCUGUCACACAGACUGUAAGAAUGUCUUGUUACAAGGAAAAUGUGUUCCACAUCUACUUUCAAAAGUUUUGAAAGUUUUGACAGCGAAGCAUAGAACUUUAACAUUACACUACUUUUGUUCUGCAGCACCCCGCCCCCCUCCCGUAAAUCUGAGAAGAAAAUUAUUUUAUUUGUAUGUGACAUUUCUCCAAAUUCAGAUAUAAUAAAAUUAAGCAUAAAAGAAUUUUUGUUUGGAUUUUGUUUGUGUUCAAACUUUAAAAAGCGAAAGAAAAAAGUGCUAACAUCGUUAUGACAAUGUACACGAUGAGACUGUAAAGGAACAGCAACGUUUUGUAGAACUAAGCAGUUACAUUUAGACAGGGAAUGGGAGAUUUCGAGUAUAAU